UCCGUUUCGUCGAUUUGGAAUUAGGGUCUUGGAGAGGCGGUGUAGAUCGAUGGGGAGAGGCAGCGUGCAACUGACUUUCUCGAAGAGGCGGGUGGGGUUGUUUAAGAAAGCGCAUGAGAUCUCCGUCCUCUGCGGCGCCAACGUGGCGCUGAUCAUCUUCUCCAGCAAGGGAAAUCUCUACGAGUACGCCACCAACUCCUGCAUGGAGCGGAUUCUUGAACGCUACAUGCGGAACAGUUAUGUUGAAAAAGCAUUUCCUAUACAAGAACCAGUGUCACAGGAAGAUUUGUGUCAAGAAUAUGAAGAGCUUAAGCGGAAGGUUGAUGCCUUACAGAGGAGCCGAAGGCAUGUCAUGGGCGAGAAUCUUGACACCUUGAGCCUGACAGAGCUUCAACAACUAGAGCUGCAACUUGAAACUGCGCUGAAGCAUAUAAGGUUCCAAAUGAAUAAACUGCUCCUUGAUUCAAUUGCUGAGCUGCAAAGAAAGGAGAAGUCCCUGCUAGAGAAUAAGAUUGAACUUGAGAACAAGAUUAUUGAGAACAACAACGCAAUAAUGAUGGCAAAGCAAAUGCAAGCCAAAGAGCAAGGUCGUGACCAAGCGAGCUCUUCCACGCCACCUACCUUACUGCUGCUAAACUCCCUUUCCACAACCUUGCCGCCAUGGAUGCUUAGGCCUCCAAGCUGAAGAUUGAGACCUACAAUUCUGAAUGUUUCUGCUCAUAAGGUACUGUGUGAGCCAUGGCUUCAUCUUUACAAUUUCAGUGCAUUUGAGGUCCCCUCUUUUUGUAUAAAAUGUCUAAACAAUACUAAAUUAAGUUAUAGUGUGCCUGUUGUUAAUGUAAAUAUUGUAAUUACUGUAUAUGAUCCUUUAUUGUAACAUAUUUAUAACUGGGUUUUUGUUAGUGGUAUUUAAGCUAUAUAACUUCUUUAUUA